AUGAUAACCCAUUUCCCUCUCCCAUCACCACCAGCCUCCCCAACCUUCGGCGCAGCUGACGCCUCCCCGCUCGGCGACUACUUGGCCGAGGCUGAGCGGUCGUUCGACGCCCCACCACCCAUCGACAAUACGAUCAGGCGAAGACGACCACGGUCCCGGGAACGCAUCUCGCCACUUGCCCACGACCGUUGGCGCUUGCCAGAAUCGCAACAACCCAUGUCCGACAAUGAGAACGCCGAGGCAGGUCCCAGCCGCCUUGCUCCACCCGCGAGGAUAGAGUCGCCGCCGCGAGACGAGUUCGCCGAGCGCUUCAAGUACCUCGUUGCAUCGAGCGGACUCUUGGAGCGGACGCAGAUCGCGAGUCUGGGAACAGCGGACAUGGAUGUCACACCCUCCAAAGCGCCUUGCCCAUCACGUUCGGACGCAGAUACGCACCUGGCGGCCGGGUUACAAGGGCUGCUUCGGUGGGACAUAAUCGCUGCCCUCGCAGCCGUCAUGGCUGGCCUCGUGUACAUAUUGGGGCCGUCAGCCAGCCUCAUUCCUGGCACAGCGAUGGCCACAGGUAUUGCGCUGUACGCCCGGAAGCUCGCCGAAACGCCCUCUGAAUCCGAAGAGGAAGACGAGGAAGAAGGCGCAGGUCGCGAAAUCUCACCCGAGCGCCUCUGCGAAGACACAACUGGGCGCGCGCGUGUGAUGCGGGGGUUGGAGGGCCUGCUUGAUGAGUCCAAGGCACUCGACCAGGCAGUUCUCGCGGCUCUCCAGAUCCUUGCGCCGCGCCCCGAUGAUACCGACCACGCGCACGAGCUGCGCAUUGCGCUGCACCGACUGUUCGAGGACAUGACGGACAGCCUCGCGACGGCGACGUCGUCAUUGACAACCAUGUGCGACCGGACCAAACUGGCUGUCCUGAGCGACAUGUACGAUGUUCAGCUAGUGGGUGGGCAGCGGAGACGGCGCGGGUCAAGCAGCGACGACGACGGUACAAGUCCGUCGGCAAUACACAAGCACAACCGCCCAAGAGCGGGAUCGUCUGGCCCCAUCUCGCCGCCUGCACAGCUCCCUCUGUCCAUGCUGUCGCCAACUGCACUGCGCAUGAGGACUCCGCUCCGCGGCCUCGGGGCAUCACCUCUCGACGCGAACGACAGGUUCACAAAGCUGCCCAGCCGCGCCUCCCCGAGGUUAGGCCGCACGAGCUUCAGCCAGGAUUGGAAUUCUCGCCCACGGAACUUUCGGCUAGAGGCGGAGAUACGCUCGGACGGUGAGGAGGGGAGCGACAGCGUGCUGUCGGGCACGUCAACCGAGAGUAGCUGCAUGCCGGCGUCGAUACCCGACGACAGGCUGCUCUCGCCUCCUUUGACGUCAAAGGGACUUCCCUUUACACACAAGCGUGCCUCGCCGCUCGUCCAGACGCUCGCGCGGCUAGAGAUGCCCGAAUGGUCAAGACAGCCGCCUACUCCCCAGUUCCCGUCCAUGAGCAUGAGCCCCAGCCAGUCGCCUUUCCGUCGGUCACUUCAGGACAUUGCAUACAUACCAUCUCCACCAGUGUCGAGCCACGAGAAGGCACAGAGUCUGGCAGUGGCUCGGGCGACGACCUCCAUGUCCAGUGACAAGCGCCGGUCAUUACAAUCCCCAUUGAACUCGUACCCCACCACCGACUAUACACGAGACGACGUUUCGUUAGCCGUCAGCUCGAACCUCACGCGCGCCCGAUCGCUCCCUCACUCUGACACGGCCCGCGUGCGAUCUGGCGCGUCUUCUUUGCGCUCGUCACCUGGGAGUAACACCACACGCCCUGAUAGUCCAAGCGGCCUGAAGCGUCUGUCCCUGCUCUCGGACCGGACCCGACCCAGCAUAUCGAACUCGCCUGGGUCAAAGCGGAGCUCACUCCUCUUCCCCGAUGCAAUGGCGCGGGACACGUCCACUCUCGGGUAUGGCCGCUCGCCGCUUCGUCCACCACCUGUCCAGAGAGUCGCUUCCAUCUCGCCGCUCACGCUCGGUGGGUUGCGGGCCUCGCGCCUUGGCGUGCACCUCAAGCGGCGGCGAAUGGCGUGCUGCUUACUGGGGCUGCGUUUCCGCGAGCCCGAAGAGAGUGGGUACUGGGACGAGGUGGAUCUCGUGUUGCGAGGCAUCAUGGACACUAUGUCUGAGGCAUUAGCCCGCCUAGAGGUGUUACGUGCGGACGCGGAACGCGACACUGCCGCGAUCCAGGCGAUCGCUGCCGCAGCGUCGCGGGCGUUCCCAGCCACGCCACCCCCAAAGCGUGCACUCCCCUCCCUCCUCAGGAAUCCCGACUUUGCACCUCGCGAUAGCGCAGAGCAAACGCUCCUCAGCAGCAUGGACGACCUGCAGCGCCUGCUCGUGCGGGUAUGGGCACGGACCGACGAUGUACGCGCCCUCGUGGUCGACGGUGAGACGGACUUCUCGAUGGUGUGGGCCGAGAUGCGCAAUGACAUCGGCAAUAUGCUCCGCCACGUCGACCGGAACCGCCUACGCCUUGAGGCGGAGACAGACGUUGAUGACCGCGAGCGAGAGGAGACGCCCGUCCCAUCGCACAUCCCGGAUUUUGCUCGUUCAUGGGCUGAGCCAGAAUCCGGUCCGGGCCCCGAGGAGAUUGAGCGUCUCGUCGAGGAGGAGGACGAAGCAGACAUUGUGACUGAACUCCCACCUGCUGGGGUCGACGAAGUGUUCGAGGCGCACAUCCCCGCCGCCGCGCCACGUGCGCGCUCCGCCCUCUCCCGUGAAGAGCGUAUUCAACUGCAGAGAGAGGCCCGGGCGCGGGGCAUGACGAUGGCGCAGCUCGAGGGCUCCAAGGACCCAGCGCGGGCGGCCGAAAUCCAGCGGCAACUCGCGGCAGAGCGGCUCCGGGUGGUGAGCGGAGAGAUGGUGCAGGAGCUGCAAGGUAUGUUUGGGGCGAUCCGGCGUCGCAAGGGGAUGGACGAGGGGGAGGAUGAGUAG